CUAUCGCUUUAAAUUCCAAUCUCUGAUAGAGCAGAGAUCAUAAAGUCUCAGUGGAGGGUGGGAAAUAUAAUAAAUUACAGUUGAAAUAUCCUUAAUAUUUCAGAGUAUUGUUGUCGACGAGCAGAAUCUAUACUAUUCAUAGUUAUUUAUUUAAUAACUCUGUUCAAUUAGAUAGGCCCUUCAAAAGCACUUCAUAUUGUUUACCAAAGAAAUGGUGAUGGAGAAGCCAAGUCCCCUGCUUGUAGGGCGGGAGUUCGUGAGGCAGUAUUACACACUCUUAAACAAAGCACCUGAUUUUCUGCACAGGUUCUAUGGAAGGAACUCCUCUUAUGUUCAUGGCGGACUUGACUCCAAUGGGAAGCUGGCGGAAGCAGUGUACGGGCAAGCAGAAAUCCACAAGAAGGUUCUGUCCCUGCAGUUCCAAGAGUGCCACACAAAGAUCAGGCACGUGGACGCCCACGCCACGUUGACCGAUGGCGUUGUGGUCCAGGUUCUCGGAGAGCUCUCUAACAACGGCCAGCCAAUGAGGAAGUUCAUGCAGACAUUUGUGCUUGCUCCAGAGGGUUCUGUGGCAAACAAAUUCUAUGUACACAAUGACAUCUUCCGUUACGAGGAUGAGGUGUUUGGCGAUUCGGAGGCUGAACUCGAUGAGGAAUCUGAGGAGGAGGUUGAGGAGGAACAGGAGGAGCGAGCGCCAUCCCCAGAACCACUCCAGGACAGUCCGAAUAGCACCACCUACUACGAGACUCACCCCGUCACCAACGGUGUUGAGGAGCCCAUGGAGGAGCCGGUCCCUGAGCCAGAACCCGAACCAGAACCGGAACCCAAGGUGGAGGAGGUGAAGCCGGAGGUGGAGAAGGUCUUGGAAGAGCUGGAGGAGAAGGCCCCCUCUCCGGUUCCUGUCGAGUCCCCACCCCACACCCAGGAGGCCCCCAAGACCUUCUCCUGGGCCUCAGUGACCAGUAAAAACCUGCCUCCUAGCGGCACAGUGUCCUCUUCUGGGAUCUCGCCCCAUGUUGUUAAAGCACCCAGCUCCCAGACCCGAGUUGAGGCCAAGCCGGAGACCCAGGCAGCCCCUCUCCGGGGACUCCGGGACCAGCGCACACGUGACAGACCGGCCUUCGUAGCCCGCGGGCCCAGAACUGAUGGUGUCGCACCUUCAGAAUCACAAACCGGGAAACCCCACUUCAGUUUUGUCAACAAAGGUCGGGGCGAGUCAGACCCUGGGGAGACGGACAGCAGGCGGAUCGUUCGUUACCCAGACAGCCACCAGCUCUUCGUCGGAAACCUCCCUCACGACAUCGACGAGGCUGAGCUCAAGGACUUCUUCAUGACCUUUGGCAAUGUGGUGGAGCUUCGUAUCAACACAAAGGGCGUCGGAGGAAAGUUGCCCAACUUUGGAUUUGUGGUGUUCGAUGACUCUGACCCAGUUCAGAGAAUCCUGGGGGCCAAGCCCAUCAUGUUCCGCGGUGAGGUGCGUCUGAACGUGGAGGAGAAGAAGACCAGGGCCGUGCGUGAACGGGAGGUGCGCGGCGGCGGAGACGACCGCCGAGACAUGGGACGGCGCAGCGACCGUGGCCCCGGUGGCCCACGGGGAGGCAUGGUUGGUGGCGGUGGGAUAAUGCGUGACCGCGACGGCCGGGGCCCUCCCCCCAGGGGGGGCCUGGGGGCUCCCAAACCAGGCCUGGGCUCUGGAAGAGGGGCAGGUGGAUCCGGUGAGGGCCGCUUCACCACCCCGCGCCGCUGAGAUCGCCACCUGCAGUUCGGAAGUAGUACCAUGUUCUUCAUCUUCUGCCGUUCUCGUUAACGAAAAAUCUACAUGUAUAAACGUAUAUACUUUUUUGUUUUGUUUUUCGGUUUUUCUAUUCUUUUUUUUUUUUUGGCUUUGGAAUGUGACACAGCCUGUCGACCGUUUCUUCUUUGAUGUGAAACAGAUGAAGAACCAAAAGCGACCUCCUUCGCUUUACUUAGCUGUGAGCUGAGCGUCCUUUUCCGGUUUUCUCAAGAAUUCACAAACACUCAUUUGUAAAUUUGAGGACAAGCAAAAACAGCCAGGAUUAAUCUGCAGCGUUAAUAGGCGGGGACUGAUAGACAUUUACCUACGAUAAUACAGCCCAUCAUUUGAAUAAGAGAUUAUGUGCCUCGACUUACGGGGACGCCACGUAAUGAAUUCCCUCUUAUUGCACAUUUUAUACAUGGUAGUUCUCUGCCCAUUACUGUUGGUAAAGCGUGAGGUGCACAUUUCGUGCAAUUCCUGGGGGAAGGAGGCUUGCCUUUUUUAUUUUUCUCCCUUUUCAAAGAACACUGGUUACAACGAAUUGCGCAUGCACUCAUGCACUAAUGGGUACUAUUGUCGUGUUGCAUCGACGUCUCUGAAACACAGCUGGGUUGAUACAUGCUGUUGUCUCGAAGCUUGCCCAUGUGACAAGGCCGCCUGUACUUCAGGCAAUGUCAGUGACCAGUAGACUUUAUUUUAUUUUUUUCUUCCCCCAUCCGCAAGUUAUACUGUACCUAUGCUUCAAUUACAGCUGGAAUCAACAAAACGAGACGCUACAAACCAGUCUACAGGUGUUUUUUUUUUGUUUUUUGUUUUUUCAAAUUCAAUAAAAUCUCAAAGUUCCUGGACUUCAACGAACAGGGGAGAGAAAAUUAAUGAUCCACAGACUGAAACCAAGAUGAACAUUAGGAAAGUGGUAAUGCUGGCUUGAUCACUACUUUGAUGAUUAAAAAUUAAUGGGUUUAUUAUCUAUUUUGUGGUUUGUUUUAGCAUUUUCUUUUUUCGUCUUUUUUUUAAUAAAUUUUUUUUUUUUAAUACCUGAACGGUGAAACCCGGGACGGGUAACGUGCGUGCCCUUCUCACCCCACACCCCCAUUCCCCGCCUCAGUGCGGAGCAGCAUAAUAAAUGUACAGCAAAAAUCCUAGUUUACUGUAUGAUUUGUUUUUAUUUUCCUUUCAGAAUGAUCCAAAAGCAUGACGGUGCCUUCUAUUUCCAGUCUAACUCGUGAAUUGAGAUCGGGUGUCCGUUGUCGCGCUCCUCUCUGGCAGGCGGAGAAGUUUCACUUGCCUUCUAUAUCUGCUGAGUGCGGGAUAAUUUGCAGUGUUCUUGACAAGAUCAUAACGUUUCUUUUUUUUUUUUUCGGUGUGCAUUUCAUUCACCCAUACCUGGCGUUUCACUACCUAAGAUGUGCUGUGAGUUUUGUACAUUGUUUUAUAGUGUCUGAUGUGUUUUUCGGAGUAGACGGUGGUUAGACGAGGUGCCAGAAGUUCUGUUCUAAUGGCAGGUGGUCAAAAGAUGCAUGGUUAGAUAACUCUGUGGUACGCAGAACAGUCGUGGUGUGCUUCUGCGGCUGGUCAAGCGGCGACUGCCUUGGAGAACUUCGGAUUGGUUCGUUAUCUGCUGGAUUGACCGUUGAGUUGGUAACGGACUGUCAAAAUGAAAUGCACUCUUAAAGGAAAAAACGUUAUUGCACAAUGACACGGGCUACUAGACAGUUGGGAACCGGUACAUUCGUUUGGAGCGGCAUAGUCUUUCGAUCUACAAAAGCGGCACGUGGAAUAAACCUUGGACCCCAGAGCGUCAGACUGUUUCAUCCAAAAACAUUUUCCUCUGCAGCAAUUUUUGUAAGACUGUCUUGGGUGGGAUUUAGCCUUUUGUGCGAACUGUAUCUGGGGUGACAAACUUUUUUUAGUAUUUUAUUUUUAAAUCCAUCUAUGCUUUUAAAAUGAUGAUAUUCAAUGUGCUUAGUGUAUGGAUUAUAUUUUUUAAACGGGCAAGUCGAAAUUCUAUAACGGUACACUUCCAGUACAAUGGGUUCUAUUUUUGUGACUGCGUGAAAGGGAAGACUUGAGUAUCAACCUAAAGCAGAAUUCUUCGGGGAGCAAAAAACAUAGCUUUUUUUUUUUUAAACUGGUUUUGCACUGAAAUGGAAACCUGAUUGAGGUCUGUGGUCUGUCUUCUUUGUUGCACUAUUAUUCAACAACCUGUCAGGGUAAAAAAAAAAAAAACACUUUCUUCAGAUCCUCCCCCUCUUACUACUGGAAACCACAUAUUUCCUGACUGUCUGAAUUUUCUUCAGGCAAUGCUUUUCAGUAAUGAACUGCAACCCAUUCAGUUAACGUUUGGUAAUUUGUACUGGUAAAAUCCACUUCGCUACAUCACUCAGUGUGGGGCAGUCACUGGUGUUGCACGUGUGUUACAUACCCUGAAAGGCAGAUGCCUUCGGCUGGAAUAAAGCUAGGUGCCAAACAUGGGAGUGAUGGAGCCCUGGACUCCAGCAUUGAGUCAGUGCAGAGCUACACCCCUGUGGCCUCUUGUGUUUCCACAAUAGGGAUAAGUUUCACAGCUGCCUAAAUACUCUGUUUCAGAUUUAUCAGCAAAAAAGGGCACUUACUGCAAUUCUACUUUUUGCAAUGGGCAACAAUGGAGUCCGUUGAAGGGGAAGCCAUCACGCUUUCAGGCUGGUUUUCGGAAGUCUGAAAAUUUUUACGUUAAGCAGUACCUUAAAAUUGGGUGGCGAUAACCUUUCUCCACAGAUUCUCCUUUCAACUCUUUUCCCUUUUCUUUUUGUUUAAUGAAAUUUCAGCCAAACACCCACCUCUACCCCCUUUCAAAUUACCCCUCAACUUAAGCAAAGGCUGUAAGCUUUUUCCACUGUUGAAAAAAUAAAUAAAAAUGCAGUAGAGCGGAUCUAAGUGUGUAUCGUUCUGGUCCUCAUUUCCAUGGAAUAGGAUUGCCUUCUUGGCUUCAGCAGGUGUGGUAAAAUCAGCAGUCAAGUUGGUUGCCAUUUUUUAUUUACUGUGUUUACUUUCUACAUUUUGCUAGUAGAAAAAAAAAAGUGUUGCAGGUGGAUCAAAUUUUCUUUUUGUUUUAGUUUUCCCAUUUUCAAUGUGUUGGACUUAAUAAACUACUGAUAUCUGCACCAUU